GCAGGCUGCAGCCCAGGCAGGCGGCUGCCGCAGCGCCGGCGGCCCUGCCCCCGCAGGAAGCGGCGUCGCUGUCCCCGGCUGCGCCGGGCGGGGCGGACGCCGCGACCCAGCAGCUGCGAGCCGGGGCCCCGCGGGUCACCUGCUUCCGCCCGGGACUUCCCCCGCGCGCCCAAAGCGCGGGUCGCCAGCUCGCCCCCCGCCCCCCGGGCCUGGGGACCGCAGGACCGCGAGGGAGCACCCGGCCGCGCCCACGCGGCUGCGCUCACGUGGGCGCCGAGGCAGGGCCGCGGAAACCAGCAUGGCGGUGCAGCGGAGCGGCGAGUGGAACCAGCCCUCGAGCGGAGCAUGAAAUCUUAGAGAAACGUGAAGCCCUUAACCAUCUGGAACUCAGAAACUCAUUCGGGGCUGACUGAGGCUUCUAGAACAUCCAGGUGCUCUGCACAUGUGAGGAUUUGUCCUGCACUCGCCAGCUGGAGUCCUGAACAGAUGCAAGGCUGGUGCUCUGGCUUUAACAUCCCUGAGCACAGAGGGGUCAUUUUCUAAGUGGCCAAGGAGCAGUUGUUGACACCGAUGUCUCCUUGCUGUGCACAGCCAGUCUUCUUACGGAGCUGCGGUGAGGAAAGCCAAAUUCGGGGCUGCAAGUUUCCUGACUCUUUUGAAUUAGGAUUCCAGAUGGGGGCCCUAUUUCUGUAGCCCUCACCAACCCUAUAGGCAUCACCACCACCACCCCUGCCACCACCACCAGUAUCCUCUUGCAAACUCUCCUACUGCUCUCAAGAGACUCCCGGCAUUGAAAGUGAGCAGAAGGGAGCUGUCCGAGAAGUCUCUAGCUGUGGCCUGCCAUCACUCCACACAGUCCCAAUCCUCCCCUUACCACGAUGGGCUGGCUUUUUCUAAAGGUUUUGUUGGCGGGGGUGAGUUUCUUGGGAUGUCUUUAUCCUCUUGUGGAUUUUUGCUUCAGUGGAGAAACAAGAGGCCAGAAGCCAAAUUUCGUCAUCAUUUUGGCAGAUGACAUGGGAUGGGGUGACCUGGGAGCAAACUGGGCAGAAACGAAGGACACUGUCAACCUUGAUAAGAUGGCUGCAGAAGGAAUGAGGUUUGUGGAUUUCCACGCUGCCGCCUCCACCUGCUCACCAUCCCGGGCCUCCCUGCUCACCGGCCGGCUGGGCCUUCGCCAUGGAGUCACGCACAACUUCGCAGUCACCUCUGUGGGGGGCCUUCCACUCAAUGAGACCACCUUGGCAGAGGUGCUGAAGCAGGCUGGCUAUGUCACUGCGAUGAUAGGCAAAUGGCAUCUUGGGCACCAUGGCUCUUAUCACCCCAACUUCCGUGGUUUUGAUUACUACUUUGGAAUUCCCUACAGCCAUGAUAUGGGUUGCACAGAUACCCCGGGCUACAACCUCCCUCCUUGUCCAGCAUGUCCACCAGGCGAUAGAUCAUCAAGGAACCUUGAGAGGGCCUGUUACACUGAUGUGGCCCUUCCUCUCUAUGAAAACCUCAACAUCGUGGAGCAGCCCGUGAACCUGAGCGGCCUUGCACGGAAGUAUGCUGAGAAAGCUACCCAGUUCAUUCAGCAUGCCAGUGCCAGUGGAAGACCCUUCCUGCUCUAUGUGGGCCUGGCCCACAUGCACGUGCCAUUGUCCAGGACCCAGCUAUCAGUGGACCCACGGAGCCAAAGGCCAUAUGGGGCAGGUCUCCGGGAGAUGGACAGCCUGGUGGGCCAGAUCAAGGACAAAGUCGACCGCAUAGCAAAAGAAAACACAUUCCUCUGGUUUACAGGAGACAACGGCCCGUGGGCUCAGAAGUGUGAGCUGGCAGGCAGCGUGGGUCCCUUCACUGGAUCGUGGCAAAGUCAUCAAGGGGGAAGUCCAGCCAAGCAGACCACCUGGGAAGGAGGACACCGGGUCCCGGCUCUGGCUUACUGGCCUGGCAGAAUCCCCGUCAAUGUCACCAGCACCGCCUUGUUAAGUGUGCUGGAUAUCUUCCCCACGGUGGUGGCUCUGGCUGGGGCCAGCCUGCCCCAAGGCCGGCACUUUGAUGGUCUGGAUGCCUCUGAGGUGCUCUUUGGUGGGUCGCAGACUGGGCACCGGGUGCUGUUUCAUCCCAACAGCGGGGCAGCCGGAGAGUACGGAGAGCUUCAGACUGUCCGCCUGGAGCACUACAAGGCUUUCUACAUCACUGGUGGAGCCAAAGCCUGUGAUGGGAGCACUGGGCCUGAGCAGCAUCAUGAGCCUCCUCUUAUUUUUAAUCUAGAAAAUGACAUUGCAGAAGGUGUGCCUCUGGAGAGAGGCAGUGCCGAAUACCAGCGCGUACUGCCCAAGGUCAGGGAGGUUCUUGCAGACGUCCUUCAAGACAUUGCUGACGACAACAUCUCCAGGGCAGAUUACACUCAGGAUCCUUCUGUCAUUCCCUGCUGUAACCCCUACCAAGUUGCCUGCCGCUGCCACGCCACGGAACAGACCGAUUUUUCUACAAGCAGAAAUAUCUGGAAAUGAGAUGGGCAAGUUCACACCUCAACUUCAGUUUUACCCUCUUCACAGUUAUGCUUUGAAACUAAGUCUCAGGAUUUUGUUUUGAAGCCACCACUUUGCACACCCCCCCACUGUCCCUUCUGCAUGCUGGCUUGAGAGAAUAGCUGUGCCCAGCUGUAAUGGAGAGCACAUGGGCUUUGGGUCAGACCAGGUUCAAGGCCUAGCAUUUGAACUUGGGCAAUUAUUUAACAUAACUUGCAAGAUGAUUUUGAGGAUGACAUAAGGCAAUACGUGAAGACGCCUGGUACACUGCCUGAAGCAGAGCAGGCACACGAUACAUGUUAGGGUUUUUUCCAAAUACCAAGCUUUGCUGGCCAUUUUAGCACAGACUCAUUACAACUGGUAUCCAGAGCAGGGCUUCCCCAUCUUUAAUACGCAUAAAAAUCACCUGGGAUCUUGUGACAAUGCAGAUUCUGACUCAGUAGGUCUGGGGUGGGGCCUGAGGGUCUCUGUUUCUAGGAAGCUCCCAGGGCCGCCUUGAGUAGCAGGGGUGUUGACAAGACAGUCAGAUCUGUUUCCAG